GGUUCACAACAAAGCUAUUUCAGCCUGUGAAAAACAGCGCAUAAAUCAAAGAUUCAGUCACGCCGAGGUUGAAUUUUUAAUGGCAUGACCGAUCGAGCAGUAUUUUUGUUGCUUGCGAUAGUUCUUUGUUGAAAAUUUGCAAAUAAUCACUGAUGACAUUCUUAAGCGACGAUCCAACAAUGUGAAGUAAAGGAUUUCAGGAGAAGAUCCGGUAAUGUAGUGGUUUCGAAGCUAAUCGCGGCAAAUCUAUUGUUUAUUUGAUAUCUGACAUCAAAAAUGAGAUGCAUGUUGAUGUUCAGGUACGUCUUAAAUAAUAGCUUGCGAGUCUGGGAAGGAAUUAGAAACACAAACAGUGUUCUUAGAAGUUCUUAGGAUUGAAAUGGUUUGUCCAUUUUAAGUGAGGUAUUCCGUUGCAAGUGAAGAGAAGUGAUUGUGAAGUGUAUGCAGACACACUGCUUUGUUGAUUAUUAUACGGACUUCUUGUGAGGUGGGAGCUAUUGCCUAGGAACUUGCUUAAUCCAGUUUGUAAUUACUGCAUCGAAAUGGAAGCAGGCGAACUGAGCCCUUGUAAGGCUAGUUGUUCUAGAAAGCCGUUAUCAAGAGACCCAAGCAUUUUACAGCAAAACAACUCAAGCAAAAAAGUCAAGAUAAAUGUUGGAGGUCAAGUACACGAAGCAUUUGCAAGCACGUUAAAAAACGUCCCGGAUUCACCGCUAGCUUUGAUUUUGCAAGAGAACUACAAAGACAUGCUCGACUUUGACAAAGAAAAUGGCGAAUUAUUUUUUGAUCGUCACCCGGAAGUCUUUUCUCAAGUGCUGGAUUAUUUUCAAACUGGCAAACUUCACUACCCAAGAAGCAUAUGCGGACCACUGUUCGAGGAAGAGCUUAAGUUUUGGGGCAUUGAAGAGCAACAGAUGGAGACAUGUUGUUGGCACACAUACACCCACCACCGAGUCGCUCAAGACCAUUUGAAAAUAUUCGCAGCUCAGCAAGACGAUGAAGAGGUAAGGUUGCACGAUGCUGAGCUAGGAAGAGCCACAAAAUUUUAUGAUGAUAACAACAACAUUCCAACACAACGCGACACAUUAAAAUACAGAGUUUGGAGGAUUCUUGAUGAGCCAUCGUCUUCUUCAGCGGCUAAGCUCUACGCUUGGUUUUCUCUGACGUUUGUGGUGCUUUCAGUUGUCACUUUCACCAUGUUCACAAUGAAUACUGCACCAAUAUCUCAGAAUCAUUCAGUCAAUGGAACAGUUAUCUCAAACAAAACAGAAUUCAAAAACACGAGCAGUUAUUCAAGAAAAAAUUCCCAAUUAUGGCUGAUGUUUGCACCCAUUGAGCGAUAUGCACAGUGUGGUUCACUCUGGAACUUGCUAUUCGAGUCAUUUUCUGUCCAAGCAAAAGGCAGUUCUUUACAAGCUUAUCUACAAUUAGACGUUUUAGCACUUGUGACGUCAUAUCUAUUAUUGUUUUUGUCAAAUGAGUACCCUGACCUUGGUGGUAUUUUGAACAUGGCACGGUUCUUUCGCAUAACAAAGUUCUUCAGGAUGUUUUACUCGCUGCAAAUUCUUGGUCGUACUCUAAGAGCCAGUGCAUACCACUUCUUGACACUACUGUUCCUCCUUUCAAUCCCAGUGAUAAUGUUUUCCAGUUUGAUGCAUUACAUAGAAAAGAACUGGGGAGGUGAAAAAUCCAAAGUCACCAUGCAGAGUAUUCCAAGGACCCUGUGGUGGGCAAUAAUUACCAUGACAACAGUUGGUUAUGGCGAUGCUGUCCCACAGUCAAUACCAGGACUCUUCGUGGGCGCAGCUGCUGCCAUUAUGGGUGUUAUCAUCUUGUCGCUGACUGGCUCGAUCCUGGGUAGCACAUUUGAACGAUACUACAAUUUGGCACAAACUCAGCUGAGAAUCCCAAAGAAUAGACACAACAAAAUCAGUGUGCCUUUCGAAAGCCUACAUGAAAUGGCUGGCAUGCCUAUACAAGAGAUUUCCAAAUCAAGCAUCAAAUCGUGCAAUACUUAUCUUAGUGGAAGGGAUAGCGGAUACGGUCAUUCUCCAGUUGCAAAGCAAAGAGGUCGUUCCGUAAGCCACCCCCCUAGUAAAAGAAGUGUGACGGGUUAUCAGCGUCGUGGUAGUCUUCAUAUCGACGUGAAAUGACCACAAAGUUUGCUUUGAGAACAAGAUCUUCAACAGGGCCGGUCCCGACUGGAGAUGUAUGAAUCUAUCACUCAACGAUCAAUUAUUCACUAUGAGUUAUUUUUUGAAAAACAUUAUUUUUCGUCGAAUCUUCAUUAUGCAAAUGGCAGUAAAAUUUAUGUUGCAGUGAAGCUAGAAAUCUAUUUAAAACAGACAUUUCUUACCACUACUGAUAUGAUGCACUCAAAGAUUAUCAUAAGAUUAGUAUCCAAUGCAUUAUCAAUUGUACACCUAUGAUGGCGACACAGUAUUUUUUAUAAAGACGGACUAUACGUUGCAAAUGUAUUGAUCAAUUCCCUUAAUCUUCCCUCACAUCCUGAGGGUUUAUGCCAAUAGAUUGUGUGUUGAUGCGAUUUCAAAAGCCUUUCAAACAAAAAGUUUGAACUCGAAUCUCAACAAGUCAUCAAAGAAAACCCUCUAUAUAGAAGUUUCUUUUGUCAUUAAUAUGAAAUCUUUUGUUGCAAGAAGUAUCAAAAUUUGACAAUGAGAGAAAGAACACCGUAAUGCGCAUUUGGAAAGCUGAAAAGACGAUAUGAUUGAACAACAAGCUGCUUAUACCUUAACCCAGCAUUGAGAUCUUCGUCAGAUCUACAAAUUCAAUGUGUAAAAAUUUAUCUAUUUCAAGCAAAUUGACGUCAACCUUCAGCCAAGAACCAGUAUUGCAGCAUUAGAUUAUCUGCUAAGACUAUGAACAAUAUAAAAAGUUUAUGUUUUAAUUCUUGCCUUAUAUUUGGUUAUGGGGGUAUUACAUAUUUAUAUCAUGGGAUUCUCUUGCUGGUUCUUGAUUAUUUUUGAAAAGUUAAAUUAAAAAGUU